CCUGUCAAAUUUCAGUGAACUGCUGAAGCUUCAGUCCAAUCAAAAUUAAAGUAUCACAGAGAGUGCAGGCCCCCCGCCCCUGUGAAUGCAGAGCAUGUGCUGUUCCUCUUUGCAGCCUUGACCUCUAACCACUAUCAUAUUCGAAACAACGUGGCAUCAGCUUCAUUCCACAUGAAUGGCAGCCUGCAGCUGGACGGACUAAUUCUCACACCACAUGUAAACCAUGAACUAGGCCUUCAUUUUGGACCCAACAGCCACAAGUUUCACACUUGUUUCUAAACAUCCUUGUCCUUUCACCUUUGCUAUCUUUUUCAACUGCACUGAGAUAUGGCUUCCCUGAAGGUUUCCCUUGUUGCAGCUGUUGUGCUUGUAGCAAUUGUAUGCUCAAAAAUCUCAGUGACUGCUGCUGAGGAUGAGAUAGCUCCCUCUCCGGCAAUUGAAACUGGAACAGGCUGCUCUGCGUUUGCAUCUGUUGCGGGUGUAGGGUCUUGUGUUUUGUUUUAUGUCAUUCAUGUUUUCAUGCAUUAGGGAUUAGGAUCUUGUUCUUGUUGCUAGACGUAUAUAUCGGGCGCCUUCUGUUUGUGUUGCCUUAUUACAAUGGCACUGUGCUCUGUGUGUGUAAUUAAUGAGUAUCUGAGUGUAUUCUGGGUCUUUGAUAAUGGACACAGGAAAAUAAUAUUCAUCCGAGUAAAGAGAGAAAAAAAAUUGCUUUAACUUAUGUUUAUUACGUUGUGCUCAGUUUAAAAGAAAACGGGUGACUUGUCCAAGAGCAGCAUUACGAGGCUAUUGUCAUGAUUCUAACAAACAUGCAAGGUAAUGCUCUUGUUUCAUUAAGCCUUAAUUUCUACUGAAAGUAAGUUUUGAUUCCUCACUAGGGAAAGUAGAUUGUGUUCUUUGAAGAACAAAGAUGGCCAAAAUUUUAUUUGAGGCGCAAAAAAUGUGCGAUGAAAAAGCCCAGCUGAAGCUGCUCGUAUAGGCUCAAUCCCAAACCCAACUGAAUCAAGCCCUCUCCAGAAACGAUCCAACCCAAUCAGGUCCUGUCUCACAAAUUAGUAGAUCUGGUUUACCAGACCAGAUCAGAUGCCUACCUCGCUUCUUCCCAGAUGUGAGUGCAAGCCGCCCUUGACCCUUGUACAGAAAAUUUUGUGAUUCUCAAUUUGCAACAAUGAUCUCUCGUAGCGUCAUCUCGAAGCUCCCGAAGCGCUGCAAUUCCUCUUCGUUUUCUCUGUCUCCCAUUUUUGUCAUCUCUCGUGAACCCCUAAAUCCUAAACCUAGUCCCUCGUCCAAUCCCGCUUUCUCACGCCGGAACCCCUUAAACCCGAACUCCACUUUCGUAACUUUCACUUCAGUCCAAUCCAAUCACUUUUGUUCACUCACAAUCCAAGAUAUAGUUGAUCGGAAAUCCAUAAAUGCGCAUCUUGAUUUGAUAAGAUCAUACACCAGUUUGAGUAGCAACAGGGAGAGUCCUUGCACUAAAUGGAUAUCGGAGCAAAGACCCAGGGAUCUUUCAACUUCCGGCACAAAAGCUGACACUGAGAAGCCACAGAACCCAAGCGAAUACCCUAGUCAAAACCCUGAUUUCAAGCACCAAGAAAUCGAGGGACCAACUGUAGAACGCGACUUAUCAGCACUGGCGAAUGAGACAAGAGAGGUUCUUGACGGAAUGAUGAAGAACAUAUAUGGACUUAGCAGGGCAGUGGCUGUUCUGGGACUGGUCCACCUUGGUCUUGGAGCUUGGAUAUCGUAUAUUAAUGGAUCAAACCCAAUAAGCGAGGUUUCAAUUCAAAGUUUUCUGGCAUUUGGGUUCCCUUUUACACUGGCGUUUAUGUUGCGGCGGUCACUGAAGCCUAUGUACUUCUUCAAGAAGAUGGAGGAGCAAGGUAGGCUACAGAUUCUGACUCUAACUCUUCAGGUUGCGAAAAAUUUGAAUAUAUUCUUUAUUCGGGUCCGCGGGGUUUCUUUCUUAUGUAUUGCAGGGGUGUCGAUCGGGUUGUUGCUCACCAUGUUCUCUAAGUGACAUUUUAUGUUUUGAUAUUUGAGUUUCAUGGAUUGAGUUUUGGUGCAAUGCUGCAUACUCCAUCUUGGAUGUAUACAGUACCUAAUAGCACUCUAUAUGUAUAACUUUUAGGAAUGAAAUUUUUGUAAGUUUCCCGUUUCA